CUGCCCCAUGUCCGCCAUCUCGUCCCAUGUUAUGACUUUGCCACGCGGACAUGGCCAAGCCCAGUCCACUUCGCCAUUGUCUUCCUUGCCACCCGUAUCGCUAUUGUCUUGGGGAGCAUUGCACAGUCCAGCGCAGUCUUGCGUCGAUGCAAUCGCCAAACCGCCCUUGGAAUCGCUCUUCACAUCAUUCAUAUCAGCGAAGCAGCAGCGGGCAUCUGGCAGCCAUAUCACAAGAGAAGAAUCUUUAGAGCCGUCACCAUGGCGACAGCAGUCUCGACCCUUCCUGUUGCCGACAACCCGUCCUGCUUUUUCGAUGCACUGCCUACGGAUGUCAUCCUCACAAUCCUUACGAGUCUCAACAGUCUGGGAGCCGUCGAAAACGUCCUGAGAGCCUCGCGCCACGCCCGCAGAGUCUACCUCGAGUCCCAAGCAUGGAUCAUCAAGAAGCUUUGCAAGACGUGCGUCUACCCGGCCAACAUGGACGUGGCGUUCAUCACGCUGGCCAUGCUGCGCAUCCACCCAUCUGAUAUUGGACGCACGAUAGACCUGUUCUCCCAGGUAACAGACGCCCCGUGGGUAGUCGUCGAUCAGUUUCUGGACCGAAAGACGCUGCAGCUGGAAUUCCUCAGGCUGGCCGACCACGUCAACCAACUCGCCGAAGUGUACGCCAGGGCCCACAAUCCGGAGUGGUUCUGGCGGCAGCUUGCUCUCAAGUUCAACAGAUGCUGGCCCAGGCGGAAUGGCCCCUCUCCAUUGCGGUUCAAUCCCGAGCAGGUCGCCAUGCGGACGGAGGUGGCCACGCAGGUGUGGCGCAUCACCGAGGGCAUCGGCCUCGAGGCUCUACCCAAAGUCAGGCACUCCCCGGAGAUGCUCCAACUCAUACAACGCUCCUUCUGGACCCGCGAGUUGUCUGUCCGCGGCAGCCUGCUCACGGGACGGCUUAAGGCGCUAGGGGAGCCCAUCUCGGACCUGGGGAUGUGGUUCGAAGACGAGGCCAUCAGCAGCGGCGUGAACCGCUUCCUGCGGCUGCUGACGGGCGCGGCCCAGCACUUGGCCGACGUCAACUCGGGCAAGGACCUGACGCUCGUCUACCCACACGCGCGUGAGCAGCUGUGGGAGCAAAGCUGGCUGCUCGGCUCUCGGCUGUGGGCACGCAUGGUGCGGUGGCCGCGGCCGCUCAUUACCACGGAUCAGAUCGACUCCGUCAUCGGCCUCUGCGACGAAGCCAUGGCAAAGUACGUCGACGACGCCGACGGGACGCCCUGGUACUUUGAAUCCCCCGGCAUGUCCACUCUGUUCGUCAGGCGGCUCGCGGACGGGAGGAUGAAGCGGCCGCUGGAGCACAUGCGAGGGGUGUUUUUCAACGCCGUCGUGCAGAACAGGCUGGUGAUGGACGUUGAGGACUGGCGUGAGCUGGACAGCGGCUCAGCUGAGUAGAUCUCUGCCCCGUACGUCGAGCCUGCCGAGUACAUGUCGUCGGGAGGGCUGUACUCGGUCCAUACUGUGGACGAUCUUGAGUUGCUCGUGGCUGAGGGCUACGGCUCGGACUCGGAUGAAGGGGAGGACACGAAGGAUGGUGCCGAGGAGGGCUCGGGGGUGGACACGGAGUCGGACGGCAUUGCAGGAUCGGAGCAAGAGUCGUUGUGAACUGGAGACGUGGGAGGGAGGCAGUGUAAAGGGAAUCCUCUCGCCACAUGGGCACAUUGGCUCGACAUAAGGUCGGCCGCUUGCCGCCUGGCAUGGCUGUGGACGGCACACAGCUUCUGACGCGAUUUUGAUGGCAGAUCGAGCAAAUGAGCUCUGGGCGGCGGUGGUAAUUGGAAGAAGCGAUGGUACACUUGAUGGACGGCCAUGUCGCACAGCGCAAUAUCCCAGACAGAAGCA